CGUUUGAAUUUUAGAAUGACUUCUAACGCGGGAAAAUUUAACAACAAAUCUACUUCUGAACUAUUUAUAAAAUGGUUUGGAAAAUACAACGGUAUGCUAGACAGAAAACAGUCCAUAAAGGGGGUGACACCAUUGAGUGGGAUGAUUUUGAUGACAAGCAGUCUCCCAUAGAACUGAGAAUUCAACAGGGAAACAUGACUCUGAUCCAUGGGAAAACUGUUAGGGAUUCAUUUUCUGAAUUAAAAGCCAUUUCUAAAGGAAAGGCGACACUUUUUUGUGCCAUUUUGGUUAUCUAUCGUUUAGAGACCCACACACAUCGAUUUCGGGUCAAGUUUGCAGGGGGAGAAAACUCCUGUGAACAGUGUGCACAGCAGUUGUCGGACUUCUUUCCAGUAAAAAUUUUACCGAUUACUGUUGAAUCUUCACAGCAGGGCGAAAAGGAGGGAAAACAUGAUAAAGAGGUGGUCAAAGGGGAGAUAACUAUUUCAAAAAUGGCGGAGGUUGUCAACGGAAGAACUGCGUCUGUGAAACUUUCGGCAGCGUAUGACAGAGCCCAAUCGAUGAACGGAACACAAUUAAACACACUCAUCAAAUUAUGUUUGGCUGAUCCUCAGUUUCCGGCGUUCGUGGAAGAAGUCGAAAAGGAAUUAGUCAAAAUCAAAGAUGAAAUGAAGACGUAAGACAAUCACAAAAGGAUCCAAGACUUCUGCAGGAUUUCUGAUUUGUCGAUGGUGGGUUUCAGCACAGUUGGAAGAUUGCCGUCAUCACGACCACGUGAUCACCUUGCAUUGGUGUCUUCUAAAAUGUGAAUCCGUUACUGACUCUAACUAUUCUACGCACUAUUUUAUUUUUGUUUAUCAUGCUACAGCAAUUAUUUCAGCUUGAAAUUAUAGUUACAAUUAUCGGUACUUUUAUAAAACAAGAAACCAAUAUCACU